GCCUAACCAGGGAAGACCAGAUGACCCUGAACCCGUGAUUAGCGGUAAGACUAUAAAAUAUAUAUAAAUAUUCUUUAGACGCAGGCUUGAAAUUUUACAAAAAUUGAAAAUUCUGAGAAACUACGCCACUGUCAGUCAAUCUCACAUUACAUUCAGCAUAAGUAAGAUUCUUCAGGAACUGACAGUGGUGUAGUAUCACCGAAUUCUCAAUAUCUGUAAAAGGUCCAACCUACCUGGAUGGAGAGUAUAUGUACCUUUCCGGAAUUACAUAUUUUAUAGGAACUUAUAUUUAUAACUUUCAUUUUGUACUCAUAUAUUUUUGUGACGACAUGUGGCGGGAUUGUGAACGCAUACUCGGCCUCGAUCGAGUUUCAACUUGGCGGGUCAAUCCGUGCCGAUAUGAGGUGCGUUUGGAUUGUGCAGACACCUUAUUUUACGAAGAGGUUCAACCUGAUUGCUUCCGGUCUGAAGGAAACGGAUGGUCUUUACAUUACUGCGGUAUCGAUUGUUGGGCUGAGUAGCUCCGAAAAAUUAUCUACAAUUGGUCAAAACGUAACUGUAACCUCAAGAAGCGCUAUGAUCACCUUGAUCGUUGGACACGCGCCAACGCUUGGAUUCAAAAUGGAAUUUUACUCGAGCGGAGGUUCAUCCGUGGCUCCAUAUGUCACCAGUUACACAAUCUUGACUACGGCGAAGGGAAAUGUGACCUAUCCCAGUAACGGUGGAAACUAUGGGAAUUACGAGAUUGCCUUGUUUCCCAUCGCCGCAAGUGUCCCCGGACAACCUACCCUCCGCUUCACGAGGGUGGAUCUUGAAUCUGAGCCUACCUGCGCUUACGACUCGAUCAAGAUUUACAAUUGGUUUGAUGGCAAUUAUCUCCAAGUCGCGAUAUUUUGUGGGAAUACAAUUCCAACCAGUGUAACGCUCCAGGAUGGCGUGGGCGUCGUCUUGUUCAAAUCAGACCUUAGCUGGACCAGGACUGGAUUCGACUUCCAGUAUGAGUAACGCAUUUAAUAAAAAUUAUGACCACGUUGUUUGCUGAACUUUUUUAGUUAGAGGAAGAUAUCAAAAUUAUAUUUCUUUGUGGUUAAUAAAUUCAAGAUGUUUAUGCAU